GCAGUCGUCGUCGUUCCAGCGGAAUAUCUCAAGUUGUGUCGUAAAAUUUGGCGAAGAUACUUUGAAAAACGUAAAAGACAGAAUACUCUCUAAUUGAAGGAGAGCAAUAGGAAUAUAUUGAAUAUACCCGAUAUCACAGGACGAGUAGUUUUUUGCGAAAAUGUGUGACCGUCGGAUUACAGGAGCAGGAGAUCGAGAAUAACCCCUUUCGUGCAUAUUCACGGACGGGUGCCCAUCGGCCAGGAUCCCCUUUGAAUGGGCGCUGACUGGCCAGGGCCGGGUACGUUUGUGUAGGCUAGGUCUCCGACAAAUAUUUGGACCAUCAUCAUUUAUACUAUUUUAUUGAAGGAGUGGCAUUGACAUUUGGCAAUGACUUAGAACACUUUUGACUCGGAUUUUUAAUCUAAAUAAAUAUCAAGAUGAGUAAUCAACGGCCAUCUUCGCUAGCGAUCGGAGAAAGGAAAAAUCGCGUUGUCGUUCGUGGAACAGGACCAGGAAAAAGAAAACACAAAGCAUUGAGUCAAAAAGUAACCUUGGAAAGAGUACUUGGAAUAACUGUAAAGGACAAUUGUACUUUGACCUGUGACCCAAACACAGGUCAUGUGGCAUACGUUGCUGGCUGUGUGAUCGUGGUCUUCAAUCCAAGAAGAAAUAAACAGUUCCAUAUCUUCAACCAGUCAAGGAAAACCCUAACGGCACUUGCGUUUUCUGGAGACGGUCGGUACUUGGUUUCGGGAGAGUGUGGUCACAAUCCAGCAGUGCGGAUCUGGGAUGUCCAAGACAAGACACAGGUUGCUGAAUUUCAUGGACACAAGUAUGGCAUUCCUUGUGUGCGUUUUACACCGGAUAUGCAGUAUGUGGUAUCGAUCGGAGAGCAACACGACAUGGUUGUCAACGUGUGGGACUGGAAGAAGAACAUCAAGCACUCGUCUGGAAAGAUUGCAGCCCAGGUGACAGGGUUGGCAUUCUCAGAAGAUGGGAGCUUCUUUGUCGCCGUGGGCAACCGAUGCGUCAAGUUCUACUACCUCAUGGGAAAGAGUAGGACGAGACAAAUCCAAGCAUUACCAGGAAGAUCUGGCAUCCUUGGUGAGCAGAGGAACAACUUCUUUGUCAGCGUGGCCUGCGGGAAGGGAGAGAACCGAGACAAGGUGUAUGCCAUCACGCGCUCAGGGUUUCUCUGUGAACUCAAUAACAAGAGGCUCCUCGAUAAGUGGGUCGAAUUAAGAACAACCGGUGCUCAUUCCAUAACCGCCGAUGAGGAGUUUAUCUUUGUUGCCUGUGAUGGAGGAAUCAUCCGUCUGUUCUGCGCCUCCACCCUUCACUUCAUCGCUACCCUACCCAAACCUCACUAUCUAGGUGUCAACGUCAGUGCUGGAAUUGAUGCAAGCCACAUGUCUGCACAUCGAGACAAUGCCCAGUAUCCAGACGCCAUUGCUCUCAUGUUUGAUAGCGAAAACAAAAAGCUGACGUGCGUGUACAACGACCACAGUCUCUACAUCUGGGACAUCCACGACGUGAAGAAGAUCGGCAAGCAGUACUCCUUCCUCUACCACUCGGCCUGCAUCUUUGGGGUGGAGACGUACCCGGAGCUGGCCGACGGGAACAGGGCCGCCCUCCCCGCCGGCUCCUUCUUCACCUGCUCCUCCGACGGGUCCAUCCGGAUCUGGAACAUGGAUCCCACCAUGAACACCACCGUCCAUAAACGCAAUAUCUACAGCCAUGAAUUAUUGAAGGUGCUCUACGUUGGUGAAGAUUACAUUGAGAGUCUACAGGAUAGGGAUAUCCACACCUCGGCACAAGGGGACAAGACAGACAUAGAGAAGGGCAAGUCUGGUAUCAGAUGUAUGAGGGUCAGUCCUGACGGUCAGUCGCUAGCAUCAGGUGACAGAUCUGGUAAUGUGAGAGUCCAUGACUUACAGUUCUGGGAUCAGGUCCAUGAGAUAGAGGCGCAUGACUCUGAGGUUCUGUGUCUAGAAUACACACAACCCAGCACUGGUAUUAAUCUUCUAGCCUCUGCAAGCAGAGACAGACUGAUCCACGUGUUUGACAUGGACAAGAACUGUUCUCUGGUCCAGACCUUGGAUGACCAUUCCUCUUCCAUUACAUCGGUCAAGUUCAACAGAAACGGAGAGCAGCUACAGAUGAUCAGCUGUGGGGCAGACAAGGCCCUCAUGUUCAGGAUAGCGGUGUACAACCCUGAUCUCCAGUUUGUGCGCAACCACCAUGUGGUCAACAAGACAACGCUCUACGACCUGGCCAUCGACACCACACAGAAGUACAUCACCACGGCAUGCCAAGAUAGGAAUCUCAGGAUAUACAACAUAGUGAGUGGUAAACUGAAGAGGACCUACAAGGGUACCCAGAGUGAUGAGGGUACCCUGAUCAGGGUGGAGCUGGACCCGUCUGGGAUUUACGCAGCCACCAGCUGUUCGGACAAGACUCUCAAUAUCUAUGACUUCUACUCAGGGGAGUGUGUAGCGACCAUGAUGGGCCAUUCAGAAUUGGUAACGGGAAUCAAAUUCACCAGUGAUUGCAAGCAGCUGAUUUCAGUUUCUGGAGAUGGAUGUAUUUUCAUUUGGAAGCUUCCAUGGGAGCUCACUCAUAACAUGAAGGAGAGACUGAAAGAGAUGGGAGAGAAAAUUGUUGAACCAACACCAGAAUACAACAUGUUGAGAAGAGGAACCUACGUCGUUCCCCCUGAGCUUCCCCCAGAACCCAAGGCCCAGGUGAUCAGCGCGUGGCAGACCAAGCCGGCCGUAGCAGCUGAAUUCCAGCCAGCCAUGCAGUCCGGACCGGACACAGAAGACGAGACCGAGGAUAGAGAACCGGAUGAAGAUUCCAUGCCUGAAGAAUGUAACUUUGAAUCAGGUCCUCUACCACUCUGGGCGCGGAAGCAAGGCAAAAAAGGUGAUGAAAUACCAGAGGUGUCCAGCCCUACCAAGUACAGCAGCCCUACCCAUCCCAGAGGGAGGUGGGCCCAGAACAUCAACAGCGGGGGUAUAAAGGUCAAGUCACAGAUGGAAGAUCAAAGCAUCAAUCAAAGCAUCGAACUUAGAAUGGAAGAUUGCCUUGAUCGACGGCGCUACACAGUGGAGCCCGAUGUCCUUUUAGAGCAAAAUAUAUUGCUGAAAAAGCUGCUCCAAGCUAAAAUGGGUCCUUUCGCUGGUAUGGAUUCUGAGGAAAUUGCCAAGAUUUGUGGAGAGGACUUUGUUCCCGCCACACAGAAGUUUGGACUGCUUUCACAGGAGGAGUUUGAGGAAUCUGAGAAGAUGGAUGGCUUUGUGACAACCUCAAGAGGGAGCGAUCCGAGGGGAAGCGACCCUUUUGGUCCUCCAGCGUCCCUCCGAGCUUCCGCCUCUGACACCCCCGAUGGAGCUAAUGGAACAGGCCAUCCCAAUGCAGCUGAGAAUGGGGAUGGUACCAAAGUGGAUGACAUUGAGGGGGAUGAUGAAGAGGAGGAAGAGGAGGAGGAGGAAGAGGAAGAGAAGGAGGAUGAUGCCCCGGCUAAGGAGAUGAUCUUCUACCCACCAGAAGAGGAGGAGUCUUCAUCUCCAGAAAGUCUCAAGUUCCAAGUAACAGAAUCCACCAAGAGCCACGAGGAGCUCGCCAAGCGUCACAGCAGACAUAAAUCUAAAGAGGGAUGCAAGGAGAACCUGCCAAGUAUUCCAACUCCUAAUGUAGACUCAGGGGUGUCUGUGACUUCCAGUACUGAUGGGAACGAGGAAGAUGAUGGAGACGAGAGUGAUGAUGAAGAUGAAGAAGAAGAAGAGGAGGAGGAGGCGGGGAGUGUCACGCCCAAGGCAUCCCCAAGGCGCAGCAAGCUUAAUACUCCCGUCGAACCUCCGUCUCCUGCCGCCACGCCCGACGAGGAAAAAUUCCUACAUACAAAUUUCAGUUUUGCCGAGGAGAAGGAGAAGAGUAUAGGGGAUUUCAUGGAGCAGGAGAAUUUUGGCAAAUGCCUGGAGCAGCUCCAGUCGAAAUUCUCCUGGGACGAGCUCAGCUCCGGGCGGCUCAGUAUCUCGUCCCGCUUCCUCUCCAGGUCGCAACACUCCAUCACCAGGGUGGCACCACCGACGUCCAAGAAUACAACACCCACGGCAUCAGGAAUAAGUCCAGAAGAGUAUCUAAGAAGACGCAAGGAGGAAGUAGCCAAGGCGGUGGAAGACACUAGGAAGAGAUUAACAUCACUUGGAUGGAACAUGGGAGAUAAAAAGACUGCCAACACCGCAUCCACCGCGACUUCUGCUCCUGCUGGUGUGAAAAUGAAACCCGCCAUUCCUCCCCGCCAAAAUAAACCUGCGCCACGAAAGAUGCCCCCAUUGCCAUCAGAACUUCCUUCCACGAAAGACAAUAGUACGGCCCCUGCUCCGGUCCAGGCUGAUUCAGUACUAAGCAGUGUUGACAAGAAAGACAAUGCCUCCAUUGAGAGUGCCUCUGUGAAUGGUCACGCAACCUCUGAGGAUGUUGGUGUGAGAGGAGAGACAGAGAACAUUCCUAGAGAUGGCGCUCUUGAUAAGAACCGACAUGCCAGCAAAGAGAGCUCGCACGAAUCUAGCCCCGAGACGUCGGGCAAGGCUAAAGACCUAGAGCCUCAGGAGAGAUCCUCAGACUCGCUCCAGAAUGUUAAGAACAGUGCUCUAGAUGAAGUCCUUGAUGGAGUCCUCAAAGACACCAAGUCUCCGAAGCACCUGAUCAGCCAGACGUCGGUGUCUUCUUCAGAGGACACCAACAGCUGUGAAUUUGAGGCGGAAGUAGACUCCAACAAGGAGAAUGUGAGCAGUGUGGCCUUGCUGAAUAAGAAGAAGAUGGGGGAGGAGGAGAGCGUUGCCGUGCCUGCCACCAAGUCGAUGAGCGGAGGGGAUAGGUCAAAGGUCGCUGGCAAGAAGACCAAUAUGAGGAGGGUAGCAUCCUUGACGGACCUCAGGAAAGAUAACUUGGACAAGAAUGAGACUUCCCCUACCCUGACUCCACCAACUCAGUCAUCACAUGCCAGAAGCUCCAGCUCAGAGAGAAAGAAACAGCAAUCGUCCCCCAGCGAUAGUCCAGCUAGGCAAAAGAGGCGGGAGAGAGCGGAUAGGAUGCUGCCCCUGCUCCCGACACCAAAGACACGGUCCUACGAGGGACGAACCACAAGCUCCAUGGCCAAGGUGGUGAGGAGAAUGGGCGAGUCACCGCCCCCUUCACCGGACACGAGGCGGAAGAAGAUGAGCCUUGGUGGUGCCACUACCUUGUCCAAGAGUGGUCCUCUGAAGGCAACGGAUCCAUCCCUGAUAAGCGAUACCAAAUCGGACUUUGACUUUGAUCUGAACAGCGAGGCAUCCUUUGAGAGCUCAAAGGCCAGUGAGGAUGGUUCCAGCACAACCUCAAAGAUGACUGCAUCUGAUAAGGUCGCGAUGCCUCCACCGUCAUCUACCCAUGUCAGCAAGGCAAAGGGGAAGAAAGUGUCAAACACCAAGAUGGCGGACAGAGGUAGGAAGAGAAGUUCGUCGGUUUCCGCAGGGACGCCCCGUGGUAGGCGAUCCUCGACCUCCUCUCUACCGCCCUCGUCGUCAGAAAGCAAAACGAAACCCUCAGACUCUAAAUCGAAGAUUCCCACCGUCACUGUGAAACCUGCUGUACCAAACAGAUCUCCAAAGGCCGCUACGGAUUCCAAGACAGAGAACAAUCAAAUGCAGUCCACUACAGAUUUUAAUGAGACAUAUUCUGUAGCAGUUGCUCAAGUCGAUAGCAUUGCUGCUGAAUCAAAGUCAAGUGAAGGUGUGACAAAUGUGAACAGGCCUCAUGAGCCAUUGAUUAAUGUGGAAGGAACCGUUGAUGGUGUUUGCAGCAAGCAGGGGGAAGUUGAGGAGGAGAAUGAAGCAGAUAAGAGCAGUAGUAUCAGUGAGGACACCAUGGUAUUGGAGACCAAUGAAGCAAGGACAGCAUCCAACCAGCAGGGGGAUGGAGAGGAGCAGAGGAAGCAGGUGGAGGGCACCACCACCAGUGGGGGGAAUACCCCGGAGGAAGUUAGAGCAAUGAGGGCUGACCUGAGGAUAGAUCUGGAUGACAUCACAGUGGAUGGGACCGAAGUGGACCCUGGUGUGGGACUGAGGCAAAGUGUAGAUGCCAUGAAGCACGCAUUUGAUCAGUGCAUCAAUUACGUUGCAAUGAUCGAGAGGAGAGGCAACCACCGUCAAGACCUGAACUACUUCAGUUCCACCUUCGCCACCAUGGACAAGUCCUACGACAGCAGAGUGCUUCCGGUCGUCCAUCGCAGCAACAAUGCCUCCCCGGAGAACACCCUCUCCGACACCAGUGAGGGCUGUCUCAACAACAAUAACUCUGGAGUGUUCUCGGACGCAUCCCGAAGCCUGCCCUCGUUGUCAGACCUCCUGGGGGGGAGUGGUCAGUCGUCGGGCGGUUCGAGGGAGCGACUGGACAAGAGGUCAGGAUCGCUGGACGCGUCCUCUCCCCAGGCUCUGGCCAUGCUGCAGCACUACUCCGACAUGCUGGUCAACCUGGUACGGGACAAGAUGGAUGGCAGCGAGGACGGGCUGCUGAGCGGCCGCAGUCGGAUGUCAUCUCUUGAUCUAGAGGGAGAGGACUAGACUUAAAGACAUGAUAAUGGAUGGCACUCAAUGAUGCCAUGUAAAACUGAUUCAUAGUGCAAGAUUCUUUGACCAUGAAGAGGAAGGCUCCAUGUUAUAUUACAUCUAUAUUUCAUAUUUUCCCCCUUUAAUACAUGUAAAUGCUGUCUGCUCAAUAUCAUCAUUCAAUUAAAAACAUUUCAUUUUGUAAAUGAUCUGCAGAGGAUCAAAACAAAGUGAAUUGUACAAUAUUAAUGGUUUUUGUCACCUCGUUUCAGAUUCUUGAAUUUUAUUCCAAACAACGAAUUAUCAGAUUAAAAAAAAUAAUAAUAAUAAUAUUUAAGAUUUAUAUAGCGCUGGUAUACAAGUACAGUUUCUGAGCACUUUACAAAACAAGUGAAAUGAAAAGUACGGUUAAACUAAAUAUGUAAUAAGGAGGUUUGGGGGGGGGGAUUAUUAAACAGGAUGGGAUUUAAAAGAAAACUUAGGAAUCAGAUUUACUUGGCCUUAUCAUCUCAAUUUUUCCUCUUUCUGGUAGCUCUUUCAUGCCAUUCAAGCUAGUAGCAUUUGUUCAAAUAGAUUCCGCAAGUCUACCAGGUACCGUACACUACAAUUAUCUCAUAAAUGAUAGACAACAAAAGACGAGACUUGCAUGCAAUAUGAUAGAAUGGCAUUAUACCAUCACAAUGUAAAAAUGUAUAACCUUGUAUUUGAAUGCAGAAAUAAAAUCAAACAAACAAACAAACAAUCCAUAUUUUAUUCAAAUAGGUGGAGACUUGGGAAGAUAUAGAUGACAACUACAUUUAUGAUUUUCACUCCAAUUAGUAAAUUUAUUUGAAUGAUAGCUGGGAUUGGUGUUUAGAAUGUACAGGUACUUAACUUCUGGUAGGGAUGUAUGCAUCUAUAUAUUUGCGAUUGAUGCAAGGUUUUUGGGGGGCUAUUUCAGAGGAAUGUAAUUUGAACCCUUUAUUCUAAACAUUUGGGGGUUUAGAUUCAAUUUCAAUUUUACAUGGGUGGGUGAACGGAAAUGAGGAAUUUUUCUUAUAGGGCUUGUAUAUCUAUCUAAUCACUAUGAUAGUAGAAUAAUAGUAAUACCAUGUGAACAUUUUUUUUUCCUGAAGAAUUUUUUUGUUCUACUUUUAAAAAGAAGUUUGAUUAGGAAGGGGUCGGAUUAAGAACAGAUCAAAACCCCUUUGAACUUCAUCCAAAUAAAUCAAACUGACUGCACUGCCUUCAUCAUCUAGAGCUAUGAGAAAGUGAAAAAAAAAUAAGUAGUAAACUUGUCAGUAACCAUCAUUGGUAUGUUUGAUCAUUCAUGUGCGUGUGUACAAAGUACAGAAAUAGUUUCUUUGAAAGACUUUCUUUGCAAUUUUUUGCACAGCCACCUCAUUUCGCCUCUGGAAAUAGCUUGUGUAUAUAUAUUUGGUUGCAUAGCAUCUCACUACAUUCCAUAUUCAAGAUGCACUCUUUGUCUGUAUAUAUAGAACGUGUAUAGAAUAUUCACAGAACGCUAUUUUUGCUGUACUACACUCUUACCACUGCUUUGUGCCCUCGUCGUGUAUAUAGAAUAACUUUAUUUUGAGAAGAGAGAAGCAUACAGUAUUAAAUCUCAUCUUUAUUUUCAUUUCUACACCAAGCAGACAUGUAUGUUUCAGAAAAGGUACACGCUUUGUUAUUUUUUCGAUUGAAGAAUCUCAAUCGACUAACCUGAUUUUUGUCAUUGACAUGUACGAAGUGAAGUAAUCACGGUUGUAAAUAUCAUUAGAAAAUGCCAGGCAUUCUUUACGAGAAGUGUACAUGUGGUAUAUAUUUUUUUUCUAUUACUGCGCGAGUGCAUUGGUAUGCGAGACUGUGCAAAAUAUUUCGUUUCGUAGCGCGAUGUUUAAAUGAAUGAUAGUACUUUGUAAUGAGUGGUCAUUUUGCAAUGAAUACUUUGGCAAAUUUCUGCCAUCUAGUGCAUUUUUGUAAACAAAUACUGUUGUGCUUUGUUCAGCUUUAAAACAGAUAUAAAAUCAGAGUUGUGUGCAGUAAUGACGCCUGUGUGUGUGUGUUCUCUUUUCUGCAUUGAUUAAGAUACAGAAACAGGAAUAUGCUUAUGCUGAUAGAUUUUGCUGCGGCGAUUUUGUUUUACGCGACGUUUGGCCCAUGUCUGAAUGGGCCUCUAGUCUAUUUCUGGUGCUUCCUUUUUUUCAAGUUGUGAGCUUUUAUAAGAUCUUGUGCAUUGAGUAUCGAGUCAAAUUUCUGUAAAUGUGAAGUGCUCCCUUUUUUCCUUCUCCAAAAGCCAAAAGUACAAGAAUUAAAUAAUAUGAUAAAUCUAUGCACUCGAUCAGCAGCUUGCGUAGUAAGCACAGUCUUGUUUUAUGAGUCGUAGCUGUCAAACAAAUUAAUGUCAUGAUUUGCAACACUACUAUUAAAACAGGAUCUACAAUGUACAACACAUACAUGUAGAUAUGCACAUUAAACCUUGUAUUUCUUUGUUUUUAUUACAAGGAUGUUCUUGUGUAUCUUUGUUGCCAAAUUCAUGUAUGUAUUACAAAAAAUUUCAUUAACAAGGUAAUUUUCUUGAAAACACCAUUGGCUAGUUGGAUAAUAAUUCAUUCUUAUUCAAGAAUUGACCUUCGGUAUGGCUUCACACAAUGGCUUUAUAAAGUACUGCUCUCUGCAUACAUAUAUGUGAGCUAAUGUUCAUCAAAAUACUGGAUGUAUAAGUUACAACCAUUGUGUCUGGGUGAAUUCAUUUUUAAUUAGAAUUAAAUAUGAAAUUA